AUGGAAAAAAAUGACAUGGUCUUUGGUUCACUCACUGACAACAUUAUUGUGAAGCACAGGGAGCGAGUCACGACGGCCAGUAAUGUGAUAUCGCUGAGGAAGGAGAGGAAUCAAAAGCGUCACUGCGGGUCCGGCGUCGCCGUCACCAAGCUCGGCGUCGGGGCCUGGUCCUGGGGCGACACCACCUACUGGAACGAGUUCCAGUGGGACGAUAGGAAACUGAAGGCGGCUAAAGGAGCAUUUGACGCGAGUAUCGACUGUGGAAUAACCUUCUUUGAUACCGCUGAAGUGUAUGGAGCAGGGAUAUCGGGAGCAAUUAAUUCAGAAAGUUUACUAGGAAGAUUUAUCAAGGAAAGGCAACAGAAGGAACAGGUAGACGUGGCAAUCGCGACAAAGUUUGCAGCUCUUCCAUGGAGGUUUGGUCGUGGGAGUGUCAUUUGUGCGCUGAAGACCUCGUUGGAUCGCCUUGGCGUCUCUUCAGUUGAGCUCUACCAACUUCACUGGCCAGGGAUAUGGGGCAACGAAGAUUACCUGGAUGGUCUUGGAGACGCUGUCGAGCAGGGCCUUGUCAAGGCUGUUGGAGUCUCAAACUACAGCGGUUGCUGUCUAACUGCAACACUAAUAUAA